ACUGAGUGUGUGUGGAUGGCGUGGGCUUCUCUCCUCCAAACCAGCACAGCAUCCUCAUCAUCACUCGGUUUCACAGCGACAGCCCCGUACGCAUCAUCAUCCUCAUCUUCCUCCCCAUCCUCCUCAUCACCAUCUCUGAAGAGGGAGCACCGCGCAGGGAGAGAGAUAUAAGAAAAAACAGUUUACAUUCAAGUCAGUCACCUUGUCUGAUCGUUGUGGCACUCCUUCAAUAAAUUCAAACAGGUGGUUUCUCCACUUAACCUUUGACCACCUUUACAUUUGCCAAACCUCUUUAAAAUGGAGGAAGGCUACCAAAACCGGACUGCCUUCAUAAAAGGUGCCAAAGACAUUGCCAAAGAAGUCAAGCGACAAGCGAGUAAGAAGGUCGGCCGUUCGGUGGAUCGAGUGACUGAUGAGUACAGCAAGCGCUCCUAUAGCCGCUUCGAGGAGGACGAUGAUGAUGACUACCCGACACAGGGCAGCCAGGAUGGAGGCUAUUACCGCGGAGACAGCCAGGCGGCCAAUGACGAAGAGGGCGGCCACAGUGACUCCACAGAGGGCCACGAUGAAGACGAUGAGAUCUACGAGGGCGAGUACCAGGGGAUUCCCAGGGCAGAGUCGGGAAAGGGAAGCCUUGCAGGAGGCCCGGGGUCGGUGAGGGCAGACGCUCAGCAGUUCAGAGACAUCGGAGUGUCUGAGGCAGAGAGGAGGAAGGACCAGGAGGAGCUGGCUCAACAGUACGAGACCAUUCUACAGGAGUGUGGUCACGGGAAGUUCCAGUGGACCCUGUACUUUGUGCUGGGGCUGGCUCUAAUGGCGGAUGGUGUGGAGAUCUUCGUGGUCGGGUUUGUGCUGCCCAGCGCUGAGAAGGAUAUGUGCCUGUCCGAACCCAACAAGAGCAUGCUGGGUCUGAUUGUAUACUUUGGGAUGAUGGUGGGGGCGUUCCUCUGGGGGGCUAUGGCUGACCGGAUAGGUCGUCGACAGUCUCUUCUCAUCUCUCUCUCCAUCAACAGUAUCUUCUCCUUCUUCUCCUCUUUCGUCCAGGGAUACAGCACCUUUCUGUUUUGCCGGCUCCUCUCAGGUGUUGGGAUCGGUGGCUCAAUUCCCAUCGUGUUUUCAUUCUACUCUGAAUUUCUGGCCCAAGAGAAACGUGGUGAGCACCUCAGCUGGCUCUGCAUGUUCUGGAUGAUCGGGGGAAUAUAUGCAUCUGCCAUGGCCUGGGCUAUAAUCCCACAUUAUGGAUGGAGUUUCCAGAUGGGCUCUGCUUACCAGUUCCACAGCUGGCGUGUGUUUGUUUUAGUGUGCGCUUUUCCCGCUGUUGCUGCCAUCGCUGCCCUCAGUGCCAUGCCAGAGAGCCCACGCUUCUACUUAGAGAAUGGCAAACAUGACGAAGGCUGGAUGAUUCUGAAGCAAGUUCACGACACUAAUAUGCGAGCAAAGGGACACCCAGAGAAAGUGUUUUCUGUCACCACAAUUAAGACGGUGAAACAGAUGGACGAGCUGGUGGACACUGGCACCGACACUCCCAUCUGGCAGCGUUACCGGCUGAAGAUCAUGAGCCUCUCCCAACAGAUCAAGGACAACAUUCUUGCGUGUUUCAGCCCAGAGUAUAAACGGAGGACUUUCAUGCUCAUGGCCGUUUGGUUCACUAUGUCUUUCAGCUACUAUGGACUGACGGUGUGGUUCCCCGACAUGAUCAAGUACAUCCAGAGGCAGGAAUAUGAAGCACGCACAAAGACCUUCACUAAGGAGCGAGUGGAGCACGUCACCUUUAACUUCACCCUGGAAAACCAAAUCCAUCGCCAAGGACACUACUUCAAUGACAAGUUCCUGAACCUGAAGAUGAAGUCGAUGGUGUUUGAGGACUCUGUGUUUGAGGAGUGCUACUUUGAGGACAUCACCUCCACACACACCUUCUUCAGAAACUGCACUUUUGUUGCAAGUUUGUUCUACAAUACAGAUUUGUUCAAAUACCGGUUCGUCGACUGCAAACUCGUCAACAGCACAUUUCUGCACAACAAAGAGGGCUGCAUCCUCGACUUCAGCGACGACUUCAACAAUGCCUACAUGAUUUACUUUGUCAACUUCCUUGGCACGUUGGCUGUGUUGCCUGGCAACAUCGUGUCAGCUCUAUUAAUGGACAAAAUUGGUCGUUUAAGGAUGCUCGCCGGUUCCAGUGUCAUUUCUUGUGUCAGCUGUUUCUUCCUGAUGUUUGGAAACAGUGAGUCAGGGAUGAUUGCCCUCUUGUGUCUGUUUGGAGGAAUCAGCAUCGCCUCGUGGAACGCUCUGGAUGUGAUCACUGUGGAGCUCUACCCCUCAGAUAAAAGGUGCACAGCUUUUGGUUUCCUGAACGCUCUCUGUAAGCUGGCCGCCGUCUUGGGCAUCAGCAUCUUCCAGUCCUUCGUCGGCAUCACCAAGGCCGUACCCAUCUUAUUUGCCGCCGGUGCGCUGGCCGCAGGUAGUUUCCUCGCAACAAAGUUACCUGAGACACGAGGCCAAGUGUUGCAAUAAGAGACGCGGCCAGCAGUGGGCAGCAGGAGCACAGCUGGUCGUGUGUUGUUCGACAACUAGAGCCCUAACAUCCCUGAGAGCUUCAGCGCUGCCUGUCACACACCAACAGAACAGACCGCCAUCUCCAUUGUUAGCCCAAGAAUCCUUUGAAAUAUGGACUGCAUCAUUCAAAGUCUUCGCAGAGCCACAGUGACAAGACAAAGGGUACUAUCAGGUACAAAAGAUCCUUUUUAAAAAAGUGUGUUCCAACAGGUUGAUGCAGUACAACAUGUGGUGUGAAGUAACGAUAGCAUGCUAUUUGUUUAGAGUUUUUUUUAUGGGCCAGCAGAUCCGUAAUUCCAAACACAAUUGAGGGAAAAGAGAUGUCAAUUAAAGAGGCUACAGUAUUUAUUUUAAUUUUAUUAUUUUCAAUUCUGACCUUGGCCAUGUCGACUGACUUUCAGAGCUUGUUUUUACUUAAGUGUGGUGUUUACAAUUCACUCUACAUUCACAGCCAGAAUAAUAUAAUAUUUUUCUUUUAGGAUCUAUCAAAUGAA